AUCGGCAUCCCGCUUUUUCUUGUACUCUUCGUGGUCUCGCCUUUGGCGCAGCGCAGGAGAAUCGACUUUUCGUUCGAGCGGCGCCGGUUGGAUGGUUGGCGCAGGAGCGGAUGACCCAUUCGGGCCCAUGUUCUCAAAGUCCACGACUUCUUCGUCUGGCUGGUCCUGAAUACUGAGCCCGUUCAUCAUUGCCUCCGUGUCGCCUGCAGCCUUGAAGCUGCCGGGUUGCGCCUGCGCCUGCGACGACACUACUACUGGUGGCGCCGAUGGAUUGUCUUGCCGUCUCUUGCCCUUGUUGGUCCUAUUCUUGCGCGCCUUCUUGACAGCAGUAGAAGCUCCAUUCGUGCCUGUCUCCACCUCCCCAACAGUAGCGCCUUCCCCUGCGCUCGGGUCACCCAGACUGCUUGCAUCAAUCUCGUCGUCGUCCAGUUCGCUCAAGACCGAGCCUUCACUCUGCGAAUCUUCAACCAAGACAGGACCCACCUCAUCUUCACCCUCCUCAUCAGCGCGUCGCCGGCGGCUGGCAAUGAAGGAACGUCCCGCCGCCAUUGUUUAGAAAUAAUUUAGGUGUGCUGCAAAGCGAAAGGAAUGGCUGGAAGACCGGAUGUCGCAAAGGUAUCUGGUCCCCGUUGGGGUGGCAAGAAAUUGUUAGGAUGGAGAGCGCGACCUGAGAUACCACGUGUCGGUCAUCUCAGAUGCGCCGCGAUAUUCCUAGCAGCGACAGGUGUUAGGCUGCAGAGCAGAGGGAAGUUGAACUGGGUCGGGUUCUGGAUUCUCUGCCCUGGUCCGCCCGCCAAGGAUUUCGGUAAGCAGGGCAAGGAAGCCAGCGGAGACAGGACCGCUCGCUGCUCACCCAGUCGAUCGGCACGAAAAAGACCGGCCAACAACGAUCGCGGUCGGAAUUGUGAAGAGUGA